UUCUAACCAUGAAGCUUUUCCAAGUUCUUAUCAUCUCCAUGAUUUGCCUGGCACUUGUUGAAGAGAGGCGAGAUCGGAGCAAUCGUCGACGCAAUCAAUCAGAAGGGGGAUCCAGGUCGAGAUCCGAAUCCUGGCUCGGAUCUUCAGGAUCUUCUAGAUCUAGAUCUUCUGGAAGAUCUGCCGCUUCUGCUGGAUCGUCUCAAGCUGCAAGUCCUGCUGGAGCUUCUGCCAUAGGAUCUUCUCAAGCUGGAAGUUCUGCUGGGAGCCCUGCUGCUGCUGCCGCUGGUGGAUCAGGUGGAGCCGACGCCGGAGCAAUUCUCAACGGAGUCGGUGGACUUAUGAGAAGUGUCGGAGGACUGGCCGGUGCCGCUGGGGGAGCUGCCGGUGGAGCUGCUGGAGCCCCAGCUGGAGCUCCAGCUGGAGCAUCAGCCGGAGCAUCAGCCGCCCCAGCUGCUCAAGACGCCGGAACCGUUCUUGGAGGAGUCAGUGGAGUUCUGACAGGUGUCAGUGGAAUUGUCAGUGCCGCCGGAGCAGCUAAAGCAUAGGAUUUUCCGAUUUAAAUAUUUGAUUUUGCACGAAAUAAAUGCUAAUUUUUGCAA